UAUAAUACUCGCAAUGCCGAAUUGCACGACCGAUCUCACUUGGUACCUUGGAAAGUUUAUUAUUGGAUUUACCGGGAUAUUAUUUCUUUACAUCAGUUUCUUGAAAGAAAAGAAGAAAUAUUGCGUGUGCAACACUAGAAUGAGAAAAUUACUGCAGAAACAGGAAAGUGAAAAAUGGCCAAGUAGAUGCAAAUGCAUAAAGGGGAUGCAAGAUAAACGUUAUUUAUGUGGAUGCAACAAGGCAAUGCAAUUAACGUGGAACGACGAUAUGAUAUCGACGAUUUCAAAUGAUUUUAUCAAGCAUAAAAAGUGUUGUCCGAAAAAUCGCUAUUGCACCAGAAGAAAUUCUUGUUAA